GUAUCAGCAUGUCCAUUAGCACAAACAGGGUCGACGAUGUUGGUGGGUGGCGGCAAGCAUAAUGAAAAAUGCGACACGCCGGCGUCUACGCUACAACCGCCCGCGCCGCAAAAUUUGCACAGUGUACCUACUGCAAACAGCGCGACUUCUGUGGUUUGUUCGACAAGUCAAGGUCGGACAAGGCAGCACCAGUUAGGUCAGACUCCUAUGUUCAUGGCCAGCUCGGUCAAGCAUAUUCCGAGAAAACCAUCCUAGUUCACUCAGGAUGGACGACUAUAAGAGGGGCCCGAACACCGGCCGAGCGCACCCGAGUAGCGACGACUGCGGGCGCGGUGGAGGGGCCGGGCGCGGGUGACGGGGCAACGCGGCGGCGCGGCGCAGAUCACCGAGCAGUGUGCCACGCAUAUUACGCACGAGCUGUACUGUUGUGAAACAUUAAAUACACUGCUGUAUUUACGUUCUACAUUAUUUGUGAAUACCUCUAACAGUAUGUUUGUUACC